UAAACAAUUACAUGUGAAUUUUGAAAAUAAUUUAAAUAUUCAAUCUCUGCCCCCCCCCCCCUUUUUUGUUAUAUCAAACAUAGCUACUAACUUAAAAAUACAUAUUUCAUUUCUUAAUUUUUAUAUCUUCACAAUUGAAGUAUCUAAAUACACUAUGGAUAUUGAACAAUAUAUAGCAGCAACUGAACUAACUAUAUAUUGCAUUAAAGAAAACAAAAACUCAGCUUACUGUUUCCGAAAUUUAUAGUUUAUCACUUAAAUAUUUACAUUGAAUAUAAACGACAAUAAUUUGACUUAGGUUACUCUACUAGAAACAUACAUCUUACCGACUAUAUAAUAUAAAAGGUCUACUGGUAUCUAAUUUUGUGUAUAAAUAUUAUUGUCGACUAAGCUACAUCAAUUUUCAGCCCAUAGUGUUUGUUAAAUAUUCCACAAGGCAACGGAAUGUUUCCCUUAGCGUUUAUACAUUUACAUCUCUUAUUUAAAAUCAUUUAUUUUACACGUAUGGCAUGUCAGAUAUCGACGGUCAAUUUUUGGGUAUAUAUAGGAACUAAGGUUUGAUCUCAAAGAUAUCAUAAUACAUAUUUUUACAGAACAAGAUGAAGAUUGCAAACUUUUCCAUUCUACUUUUAGCUUUCUUUAUUUUUCCUAUCACGUUUGCUCAACUACGAGUAGGGUUUUAUGACAACUCAUGCCCUAAUGCAGAAACUAUAGUUCAAAAUCUUGUGAGCGAUGAGUUCGAAAGUGACCCCACGAUCACGGCCGCUUUGCUUCGCAUGCAUUUUCACGAUUGCUUUGUUGGGGGUUGCGACGGUUCUAUCCUCUUAAACUCAACAGAUUCAGAAAGAUUCGUCGGUCCAAACUUGAGCGUGAGAGGGUUUGAGCUGAUCGACGAGAUCAAGGCCGAGCUUGAGGCUCAGUGUCCCUCCAACGUCUCAUGUGCCGACAUAAUGGCUCUUGCCACCCGUGACUCUGUGGCCUUAGCUGGAGGUCCGAGCUACAACAUUCCCACUGGGCGACGUGAUGGGUUGAGAACAAAUGCGAACGGCGUGUUCAACCUUAUCGGACCAACCGCCUCCGUGGCUGCGUUUCUCAGCUUCUUUGGGGACAAAGAUAUGAACACGUUGGAUGCGGUGGCUCUUUUGGGUGCACACACGGUUGGAGUGGGAUCUUGUGAUCUAUUCCAGGACCGCCUUGUGAAUUUUAAUGGAACCGGACUGCCUGAUCCGUCCAUGGACUCCGAUUUGGUUGCAAAUUUAACCACCAUAUGUGAGGCCUCAGAGAACCCAUCAACAGGACUUGACCGGUCAACGCCAUUGACUUUCGAUAAUGCAUUCUUCGGACAAAUCCGAGUAAGGAGAGGAGUUUUGCAACUUGACCAGCGCCUCGCAACCGAUGAAGCCACUUCUAGUGUGGUGGCUCAAUACGCAGCAGACAACGACUUAUUCAAACGCCAGUUUGCGAUCGCGAUGGUGAAAAUGGGAGCCGUUGAUGUCUUUACAGGCGAAGACGGUGAGAUCAGAACGAAUUGUUGGGCGUUCAAUAACAACUAACUUGACUUGUGUGUGUUUAAUACUCUGAAUCUUGAUUGUUUGUUUGGUAUUUAUUUUAUGGCCAUGUUAUUUUGGUUUUAAUCUGGGUGAAUUGUGAAGCAUUUGAGUUGCUAUAUUUUUUUUUGAAUAAAAUAUUUUCUAUUUAUUUAUGUGAUUAAUGUAUAUCGAUCAAAUAUUUAUUUAAAUAUGGACUUCAUUAGAUAGAAAAUGUAUUUACUAAAUAAAUUCAUCCAGUGAUCUAUACUGGAAACACAUUCAUACUUUUUACAUUUUAAUUUGGUCUAAAAAAUUUGUAUACUAACCACAUUAUCGUGCUUUGGUGGUCAAAACUAGAAGAAAAGUCAUCAUGUUGGUCUAGACCAGAAAUCGAUUUUCUUUUAGUGUGAAAUUAUCAAUCUCACGUGUGACUAUCGUCAAUUAAUAUGGGCGAAAUUGGCGGUCUUCCGGAAUACCUUCGAGGGCGUGUCAUUAGGCGCUAAUCAUGUUCCCUAUGGUAUCUGGAUCUUCUAAGAUCGAUAAAGAAAAAAAAAAACUGUUCAAAUGUUAGCGUUGUAGCUUGCAUACGAAUUAUGGGCCAAUUAAAUGAUAUAGCGCUGCCCCCGAACUUCUUAAUUUACGUUACACAAACUUUAGUGGGCCUCGUUACUCUGUUUUUUCAUUUAUUAACCGGCGUCGUUACAAGUCAAUCUUCCUAGUAUAUCACAUAAAUCAAAAACUUACAUGAACACAUGACACAUCUUUUGGAACGAAGCCGAAAUCGAUAUGAAGAUAGUCUCCCUAAGCUAGAACUCACACAUUUAAGACUUUCUCAUUUUUUCAGUGUAGACUAGACCUUAGCAUGCUACAAAAAUGACCUAUGAACUCGUACUAUUAAAGUAUAUUGGUGAUUGAUUAAAUGGGACGCGAUAAAUUUAUGAACCAAAAUGACCAUAUUUAAAGGAAAAAAACUAAACCUAGAUUCGGUACAUACUCGAUUGGAUCUGUAAAUCCUAUCUCAUAUGGAUCUGAAAAAUGGCAUUUUAUUCUUGAUAGAAAAUUAGUUAUGUUGAAAGUAUUUAGUGUACAUAUAAAUAACACACAACACAAGAAAAAACCAAAGGAUAGACAUUCUAUUUGGCAAUCUAAAAAUAAGACUAUUAUAACGCACUUCGGACUCCAGUAGUUAAAUGUAGAGAAUAGUAACAAAGAAUAAUGAGCUCUAACCUCUAAACAAUAAUGCUAGCUACCGCUCUUAAUUAUGUACAAACUUACAAAAAUCAUAUAACUAUAUAAUAUGUUUAGAGUAGUUUAAACUUUGUAGCUACUUUUUUUGUAAAUAAGUACUACUUAUAGUAUAUAAACAAUAAAGUUCUUGUUAAAAGAAAGAAUUAAUAAGUAGAGGUUCGACCGGACAAAUAAGUCUUAUGGUUGCCCAAAAGUCUCACCUAAGCCGUCAGCACAACAGUUUAUAAAUAAGUAAUAUAAUAGGAAGCUCGACACUCUCCUUUUAUGGGCACUGGACAGUACCAUAAUUAAAGAAAAUAAAGUGCAGUAAAGUAUCUCUAUUAUUCCCUUUAAUAGACACUUAUACACGCGUAUAAGUGGGAAAAAAUGGGAAUAACUAACUAGAGUUUAUUUAGAAUCUAGUCACAAUAAUAGCAAUUAUUAAAAUGGUGAUGUUUUGUGCUCGUGUGUGACACUAGGAAAGAUGUUGUCUUUGUUUAGUUCACAUGUCCUUUUCGCAGCAACAUUGCCAUUUGUCUUAACAAAGGCCAAACAUAGUGCCGGCGAAUGAUGAUUUAUUUAGCUUUAGCACGUAAUUAAAAUUUCGAACGAUCUGAACAUGUAUAAUAAGUGCAUUUUACCCAAAAAUGUAUAAUAAGUGCAUGAAUCUGCCCCACUAUUCUCUGAUCAUUACAUAGUUUAAUUAGUUUAAAUAAAUAAAAAUGGAAAGAUUAGAGGUUUAGCCUUUUCUUUCUUUUUGUGAUGGCGAAGCAUUCAAGUGCGGGACAAAUCAGAGUCACUUGAAACAGCUGAAGGCAUAUAUAAUUAUUUUAAAAUCAUAAAGAUGUACAAAUUUAUUAUUUCAAAAAUUACUUGCGCCGUAUCUUUGGUAUGUUUAAAUGUUUUGCACCAAACUCAUAUGCCCUUCAUGUUAAUGGAAAGAUAAGUCGACGUUUUCUCGACUCCAGGAGACCCUAUAUAUGUUUAAAGUAUAUCAAUUUGAUCUUAUUGGUGGAUAAGGCAUACGAACGAAUAUUUUUGAAGUAUUUCUUGUUGAAAUAUUGUAGAUGAAUCUUAGCUUCUUUUAUUUUCCAAAUCAUCCAGAUAUAGAUAAGUCUAUGAUUUCUUCGAGCCACAAAUUAGAGCGGGUAAUUUAAACCAGCUUUGCUUAUUAUAAGUAUCGUUUUAGAUCAUAUUUGAGUUUCAGUUAUGCAUAUUAAUUUUUUUAAUUAUAAAGGUAAUAUUACUUCCACAAAUGCAAACUAUAUGUGGUCCACGGCCGGUUUAACCCCUCAGUUUUUUUUUAUGAAUGAAAUCAUUCGAUGAAAGAAAUAAAGGAAAGCUAUGAUAAAAACUAUUCUAAAUUAAAAGUUUAUAUAUAUAUUUGUUUUGUUAGAGAACUAACAUAUAUAUUUAGUACUAAUCAAAAAUACUAUAGUAGACUAAAUAUAACCUUUGCUGCAUUAUAGGUAUUGUCUCUUAAAACAUGUUUGAGAUUAUAUCCUUAAUUCGUACAUAUAUAGAUUUGUUUUUUUUUCUAGUCAAUAACUAAACUAAGAAAGAUAAAAUUGUUUUUUUUUUGCGUUGAAACUAAAUUAAAAAUACGAAAAAUACUUUUGUGAAAAUAAACAAAAUCAUACUACAUUGUGAAAGCGGAUGUAGCCCUCACUAAUUAUUAGUCCAGUUUAUAAAUACGUGAGAAGAUAUUUAUCAUGAGAAACUAUGCUUAUGGUUAUCGAAAUCCUUCAACCAAAUUUAUCUUUACAUAGAAUUUAACAUACAAAAAGUAAAUAAUAAAAAAUGUAAAACAUACGAGGGUAUAUUGUUUGUUUGCCUUCUCUAAAGAGAGAGAUGAUCGUAGGUUUUUGUCAGGAUACAUGCAUCUAAUUAAAUUAUUGAUGUUUUAUAUUGUAAACUUUUUGUUCCUUUCCUCUUUUUUUUUGUCUUUUCCUGAGUUUUUUUUUGUUUUAAUAUCUCCUCAAGUGCUCUGCAAGUUCACUGGGAAAAUCCACAAAAUUCAACUCCAUAUGUCAUCUCUGUUCGUAAAAACUUAUGUCUUCGAUAAUACAAUGUAUAUACUAUAUAGAAACCAAGCCUCUUCAAAAAUCUAUAAAGGAUGAUCAUAUGUAUAUUUUUAUUAUGAUUAGUUUUAAAAAAUCAUUCUUUGUUUCGUCGUUAAUAGUAAUUUACGAUAUUCUUAACAAGAUAAAAAAGUAUAUUUAAAGUUAAUUGAUUUGUUUGCGUUUAGCUCAGUUGUGCUUGUAAAGCAUAUCAAUAUGCGUGUGUGUGUAAUUUAUGGAGAAAAUGAGGUUCUUUUAGAAUACUAGGAAUCUAGGAUUAAGGAAAUAAGGUACUAGAGCAAUAUCUCCCACCCUAAUUCAUAUGUCACUCAAAAAUGAAAUUUGAAAUAAGAAAUGC